ACAUGAUUUGCACUCACACUCCGGGUAUGGUUCGCCGAAGCAUGGAAAGUUUGUCCUACUAAUCAUAUGUGUUGUCGUCUGGGUGGUUGGCCCCAAGAAGAGUGGAACCUUGAAGCUCAAGAUUUAUAGCUUACCAAGUUGCCACACCCUUGAGCUAUAUAUGUAUGAAUGUAGCUUUGCCCAUAUGCUCAAAGAACUCAAAUAUAUAAAAAGAUAUGGUGGUAACAGUUAGUGAAUGUCCAAAAGCUACAUGGACUUUUAUGCUUGUAUCGUUUAUACUAAUAUGCUAUGAUGAAGCAGGUCGAAUUGAAGCACAAACUAGACGUAUUCCCAAUGAUGAAAUGGAAGCUCUUCGUGAAAUUGCUGAACAACUGGGUGAAAAAGGCUGGAAUUUCAAUUUGAAACAUUGUGAUGAAAACUUGACCUGGCAAACACCAAUAAGGGACUUCUCCCUUACGCAUGACUGUACUGUCAAUUGCACCUGCCCUUCUGAUGAUGAAUGUCACAUCAGUGCCAUAGUUGUUAAAGGGCAGGAUCUUUCUGGUGUCCUACCACGAUCGUUAGUGAAGUUGACCUACAUUAAAUACAUAGACUUAUCUCGCAACUAUCUUAGCGGUCCUCUUCCCUCUGAAUGGGCUUCUACCAAGUUGGAGUAUAUGUCUUUUACUGUGAAUCGCUUAUCAGGAACAAUCCCGAAGUCCUUUGGAAAGAUUACCACUCUCAAAAAUAUGAGCAUAGAAGGCAACAUGUUUUAUGGAACUAUUCCAGCAGAGCUCGGGAAUCUGGUCAACUUAGUUUAUCUCAAUCUUAAAUCUAACAAUCUCACUGGGGAGCUACCUAAGGAAUUCAAUAAUCUGAGAAAAUUGAGAGAACUUAGGUUAAGCAGUAACAAUUUCAAUGGAAAGUUGCCCAGUUUCCAGAGUUUGACACAACUUCAAAUAUUAGAGCUUGAAGCGAGCGGUUUUGAAGGGCCUAUACCUUCUAACAUUUCUCUCUUGCAUAAUUUAACUGAACUAAGGAUCAGUGACUUAAAUGGAGGUGCUUCAAAAUUUCCAGCACUAGGAAACAUGAAAGCCAUGACAAAGUUGAUGUUAAGGAACUGUAAUAUAUCCGGAUCAAUCCCAGACAAUCUAGUAAAUUUGACCUUAAAACAAUUGGACCUAAGCUACAACAGGUUGGAAGGAAAUAUUCAAAAAUUGGAAGGCGCCAAGAAUUUGCAAUACAUGUAUCUGACAAGGAACAUGCUUACUGGGCCUAUUCCAGAGUGGAUCAAGAGCAGAAGUAAUGACGACUACCUAGAUCUUUCAUAUAACAAUUUUAUGCAGCCAUCUACUUGUACAGAAACCCCAAACUUGUUCAGAAGCGUCUCCAGUGGGAAGCACUUGGACUUUGGUUGCUUGAAUUCUUGUCCAACAAACGAUUUGUAUUCAUUACAUAUAAAUUGUGGUGGAGGAAAAGCCAUCAUCAAAAACACUAUAUACGAAGCAGAUGAAUACCAAGGAGGCCCAGCAAAUUUUGUGCAGGCAGGGCCAAGUUCUAUUUGGGGAUUUAGUAACACAGGACACUUCUGGGACGCCAGUAGAAAUGCAAGCUACUAUACAGCCAAAAAUGUAUCUGUUCUCGCAAUGAACUACUCUCAAUUGUACACAAGAGAUCUCACAAAGAACUACUCUGAAAUGUUCACCAGAGCUAUCACAAUGGACUACUCUCAGUUAUACACAGGAGCUCGCGUCUCUCCUCUGUCUCUUACUUAUUAUGGGCGUUGCUUAGCAAAUGGGAGCUAUACAGUGACCCUUCAUUUUGCUGAGAUUAUUUUCAGAGACAAUCGAUCCUUUCAGAGUCUUGGAAGACGAAUAUUUGAUGUUUAUAUUCAGGAUGAACUGGUUUGGAAGGAUUUUGAUAUUGCUACUGUUGCACAAGGGGUUGACAAGGCCGUACUUCUAAAAUUUAACAACAUAGUUGUGAAGAACAAGACUAUAGAAAUUCGCUUUUAUUGGGCAGGCAAAGGGACAACAGCUGUUCCUACAAGUGGAAUUUAUGGUCCUCUUAUAUCAGCUAUUUCUGUAGAAUCUAAUUUCAAGCGUUCUGAUCAGAAAAGGAAGAUAUUCAUCGUAGUUGGAGCUUUAGCUUUUGCAAUAUGCCUUGUAUUCAUGAUUCUCUUUAUCCUUUGGUGGAAAUGCUUUCCAAGAAGUAUUACUUCCAGGGAACAAGCUCUAAGAGGAUUAGAAUCAAAAACUGGUUUAUAUGCCUUUCGACAAAUUAAAGCUGCUACUAACAACUUUGAUGACAACAAGAAGAUUGGGGAAGGUGGUUUUGGAUCUGUUUAUAAGGGUGUACUGUUAGAUGGCACUGUAAUUGCAGUUAAGCAACUUUCUUCAAAAUCAAAGCAAGGCAAUCGUGAAUUUGUUAAUGAGAUUGGCACGAUCUUGGGUUUACAGCAUCCAAAUUUAGUAAGAUUGUACGGAUGUUGUAUUGAAGGGAAUCAACUACUCCUGGUAUAUGAAUACAUGGAAAAUAAUAGUCUUGCCCGAGCUUUGUUUGGGGAGUGCCAAUUGAAAUUGGAUUGGCCUACCAGGCUAAGUAUUUGUAUUGGCAUUGCAAGAGGUUUGACAUUCCUGCAUGAGGAAUCAAGACUGAAAAUAGUUCAUAGGGACAUCAAGGCUACCAACGUACUACUUGAUGGAAAUCUUAACCCUAAGAUCUCUGACUUUGGUUUGGCUAAGCUUACUGAAGAUGAGAAUACCCACAUUAGCACCAGGAUUGCUGGAACUAUAGGGUAUAUGGCACCGGAAUAUGCAUUAUGGGGUAUUUUAACCCACAAAGCAGAUAUUUACAGUUUUGGGGUUGUUGCAUCAGAAAUUGUUUUGGGACCUAUCCGUUUGGCUUUAUUGGCCAGCUAUGACAAGUUAACACACAAACUACCUGAAUUGGUUGUGUCAAGGAGGACUUUUCAUAUGAUCUCUUUCUUCUUUUAA